AUGGCGUCUCUUUUCGCAAUCGGUUUCUCCAAAUUUUCUCCACAACCCACUUCCGAUUAUUCCAAAUUACUAAAAGUGUUUCAUCCAAAACCCUAUUCCUUGAAAUUUCUAUUUCUCAAAACCCUAAAUCCUACUAGGUUUUUCAAAGUCAGAGCCAAUGAUGGAACCGAACCAUCUGAUAAACUUCAACAGUAUUUCCAGAAUCAAGAUUACGAUAAGAAAUACGGAUUCCUUGAAAACAUCGAUUCCUUCACAAUCCCUAAAGGUUUAUCUGAAGAAACGAUUCGCUUGAUAUCGAAGUUGAAAAAGGAACCAGCUUGGAUUCUUGAGUAUAGGCUCAAAGCUUAUGCUAAGUUUCUAAAAUUAGAAGAACCUAAAUGGUCAGAUAAUAGGUACCCUUUGCUUGAUCUCCAAGAUAUGUGUUUUUACUCUGCUCCUAAAAAGAAACCAACUUUGAAUAGUUCAGAUAUAGCUGAUGAAGCUGAUGAUCCUAAGCUUCUUGAGGAAUUUGAUAGAUUAGAUGUUCCUUUAACAAAGAAGAAGAAAUGUUCACCUAAAGUUGCGGUUGAUGCGGUUUAUAAUAGUGAAUCGAUAGCUAUUACUAAUAAGGAGCCUCUAGAGAAGUCAGGUGUGAUCUUCUGUUCGAUAUCCGAAGCUAUAAGGAAGUAUCCGGAUUUGAUCAAGAAGUAUUUAGGAAGAGUUGUGCCUAGUGAUGAUAACUACUACGCGGCUUUGAAUACCGCGGUUUUCAGCGAUGGAUCGUUCUGUUAUAUACCGAAAAACACUAGAUGUCCGAUGCCUCUUUCGAGUUAUUUUCGGAUGAAUUCUAUUGAAAACACUGGUCAGUUUGAAAGAACUUUGAUUGUUGCUGAGGAAGGUAGUUUUGUUGAGUAUUCAGAAGGAUGCACUGCUAUUUCUCAUGACAAGAAUCAGCUUCACGCUGCUGUUGUUGAGCUCUAUUGCGCUGAAGGAGCGGAGAUUAAGUACUCGACGCGUGGUCUCUGCGCUGGUGAUCGUUCCAAGAUCUCAUGGACUCAAGUUGAGAAAGGGUUCGCGAUAACUUGGAAGUAUCCAAGCGUGGUUUUAGAAGGAGAUGAUUCCGUUGGAGAAGCUGAGAACGCUAGAAAUACUUCGACUUGUGACUCGAUGCUUAUUGGUGACAAUGCAGCCGCUAAUACAUAUCCUUACAUACAGGUAAAGAAUCCAUCGGCGAGAAUAGAGCAUGAAGCAAGUACUUCAAAGAUUGGAGAAGAUCAGAUUUUCUAUUUUCAACAGAGAGGUAUCGAUCAUGAGAGAGCAUUAGCGGCAAUGAUCUCUGGAUUUUGCAGAGAUGUUUUCAACAAGUUGCCUAAUGAAUUUGGAGCCGAAGUUAACCAGCUUUUGAGCAUUAAGCUUGAAGGAUCAGUGGGUUAA